AUGGGCCAGGGAAAUGCAGAGGAUCUGAGCUGUGUGUUGAGACUCCAGCAGAUAAAAGCAGCUCUGCAGGACUCACAGGGUUCUAACGCCGGACCGCUGACCGCAGGCUGUUCUGCGACAGAAGUCUCAUGGGGUGAAUGUGCCGUUCAUUUACUGACCCAGCUAACACUAGCACAUGAGGAUGAGGCCUGGUCCAUUUUAUACUCUCUGCCAGAUUUGGAUCCUGAAGGUCUUUGGACGGUGUUGCACAAAUAUGAGAGUGAGCUACACAGACCCAAUUUCCACAACCUGCAUGAAGUUGUGCAUUCACAUGCACCAGCACAUUCUACCAGAGGCCAGAGUAGAGUGAACACUGACACUGAAAAAGAGAGAAUUGAGCAGGAAUGUGAAGCUUCGUCGGAUAGUGAAAAACAAGAUCUGUGCACCGGAUGUGGCAUGGCUUUAGAUCCAGAGGACACUCCAUAUCUAGAGAUUCUGUGCAUCAGAGACCCAAGAGAUGAGGAGAUGAGAGAUGGAGAAAGAGAGCGAGACAUUGAGAGCAGAGGAAGUGACGAGCAGAUUUCAGUCGAGAAACAAAACUCUCUCAUCACACUGGCCUGGAGCAAACCAGCCCAUGGAGAGGAUCAGAUUCAGAAAGUGACCUCAGCUCUUCAGGAAGUGGAUGCAGCCACGACAGCAGUGCAAGAGGAGAAACCUGCUAUUUACAUGCACCAAAAACAGAUGAGCACUGUGUCACUACAGCCCAGUGCAAAAUAUGAAGAAACACAAACAGAACACCAUGUUAAUGUGACUCAAGAGACUCGGACAGAGACCGAACAAGUCCAUCCAGCCCUCAUCACAGCUGGACAGCAGCAGGAGGAUGUAAGAGAUGGACAGACUCCCAGUGACAUCCAACAACCCACUGCCCAACAGCAGCCACAAAACACCAACACAACAGAUAAAGCAAUAGCAAGAACACACACAUUUGAGGCACAUGAGAUGGAGGCCCCUCGACAGAAACAGAGGAGUGAGGAGGAGACUUGCGCAACAGACGGUGAGGAGCAGCAGCUUCAGAGGGAGGCGACGAUGCGCUGCCUAGUGGACAUCCAGAAGAGAGUAGAGAGACGCUGGCAGCGAGAUAGAGACAGACAGCUACUCAGAGUUCAAGAGCGUCUGGCAAUCGUCCAGAGUCGCAAGUCAGAUGAAGAUCUUCUGGGUCUGACACAGGAAGACACAAUCAGACAUCUAACCGACACACUACGUCAGGAGGACGAGCAACAACAGAAAACUUUAGUCAGAGAGAAACUCCAGCAGAUGAGGAGAGAGCGGUCUUAUAUUCUCCAGAACAGACGAGAGAGAAACACGGCUGGAUUUAAAGAACUACUCGCACCCACGGCUCAACGAAUGACUGAAACUGAGGAAGGACACUAGAACAAUUUAAUGCUCAAACACCAAUGAUGAAUAACACAAAUAUACACGUCAUAA